AGCCGCAACUAUCUUUUGCAAAAUAAUAUUCGCAUUAUCACAGGGAGAGUGAAGUGCAAGAAAUGCCAGCAAGAAUUCGAGAUGCUGCUUGAUCUAGAGGAGAAAGUGUCUACAUUACGAGAAUUCGUUGAUAGGGAAAGAGAGACCUUGCGUGAUAGGGCACCACGGGCUUGGAGCCGCAACUAUCUUGUGCAAAAUAAUAUUCGCAUUAUCACAGGGAGAGUGAAGUGCAAGAAGUGCCAGCAAGAAUUCGAGAUGCUGCUUGAUCUAGAGGAGAAAGUGUCUACAUUACGAGAAUUCGUUGAUAGGGAAAGAGAGACCUUGCGUGAUAGGGCACCACGGGCUUGGAUAAAUCCGGAGUUGCCAAAAUAUUCGCAAUGCGGAAAAGAAAAUAACAUUAAACCCAUUCUCAAGGACAUAAAGAAAAAGGCCAUUAAAUGGUUGUUCUUGUUGCUCAGCCAACUGCUAAGUUCUUGCACCAUUGAUCAACUCAAAUAUUUCUGCAAGCACACCAAUAACCGUCCAACUGGUGCCAAAGAUCAACUG